AUGGUGCUCAAAUUCCACCAACAUGUCCUAUCCUUGGCGUUUGCAGUAAAUGAGAUCAACAGAACUCCCGGGAUCCUGCCAAAUGUCACGCUCGGGUUCCACAUCUGUGACAGCUACUUCGACAAGAGGAUGACCUAUCGCACGACCUGUGACCUGCUCUACAAAUUGUGUCAGUAUUUCCCUAACUAUGAAUGCGAUGCCCACAAAAACCUCGUGGCUGUCGUUGGCGGACUGAGCUCCGAUUUCUCGUUCCACAUGUCAGACCUCCUCAGCCUUUACAAGAUUCCACAGAUUGCCUAUGGGUCAUUUGCCAUGGAGGAGAGAGGCGCAAAACGGCCCCCUUCCUUUUACCGCGUCGUCCCAAAUGAAGAACAUCAGAAUAUGGGGCUCAUCCGAUUACUUCUUCAUUUCCAGUGGACGUGGGUGGGGAUUUUUGCUGCGGAUGACGACUGCGGAGAACAUUUCUGGAAGACCCUGGAGCCCCUGCUUGCCCAGAAUGGGAUCUGUUUGGCAUCAAUACAGAAAAUUCCUAAAGGCAACUAUUGGGAUGACUUGAAUGAAGUCGCCGGUUUUGUUUUGAAUGCAUAUUUACCUUUUCGAGACGGCAGAAUCAAUACCUUUAUCCUGCACGGAGAAUCAAUGGAUUUCAUAAUGUUUUGCGGUCACAUAUUUCUGGGCAGUCCUAGUUAUACGGAAGACGCCUCCUUGAGAAAAGUAUGGAUCGUGACACUCCAAAUUGAUUUUGCAUUGGCAAGCCCCAUGACAGUCUGGGUUUUUGAGUUCUUCCACGGGGCCAUUUCCUUCACAAUUCAUUCUAGCGAGGUGCAAGGUUUCCAGAACUUUCUUCAAGACAUAAAGCCUUCUAAGGAAGAUGGAAAUGACUUCCUCAAGGUAUUCUGGGAGCAGGCAUUUGACUGUUUCUACCCAUAUCCCCAGGAGCAAAUGGACAUUAACAACACCUGUACUGGGGAGGAGAGGCCGGAGAGCCUUCCUGGGCAUCUAUUUCCCAUGAGCAUGACUGGUCACAGCUACAGCAUCUACAACGCGGUCUAUGCUAUAGCACAUGCUCUUCAUACCUUGUGCUCAUCCAGAUCCAACCUCAGACCAAUGGCUGGUGGUCAAAUGAAGGAAUCUCAAGAACUCCAGCCUUGGCAGGUCCACACCUUUCUACAAGGAAUUAUCUUCAACAACUCAGCUGGAGAAAGAUUGUCAUUCAAUGAUAAAUGGGAAAUGGAGGGUGGGUUUGAAAUAAGGAAUCUGGUCACAUUCCCAAAUGAGUCCUUCCAGUUGGUAAAAAUCGGAAGAGUCAAUCCCAGCGCUCCUGAAGGUCAAGAAUUAAUAAUUCAUGAGAACAUGAUCGUUUGGCAACUCACAUUUAACGAGGUGGCCCCCCUUUCUGUGUGCAAUGAUUACUGCCACCCUGGCUAUCACAAGGAAAAGAAGGAGGGGGAGAAAUUUUGCUGCUAUAGCUGUGCUCCUUGCCCAGAGGGGAAGAUUUCGAGUCAAAAGGAUAAGGAUGAUUGCAUCAAGUGCCCAAGUAGUCAGUAUCCAAGCAAGGACCAAGACAGAUGCAUCCCCAAAACAAUCAGCUUCUUGUCUUUCGAAGAUCCUUUAGGAAUCAGUUUGGCCUCUGCAGCAUUUUCUUUAGCACUUAUCACACUGGCGGUGUUAGGAACGUUCAUUAAGCACAAAGAGACCCCCAUCAUCAAAGCCAACAACCGGGACAUCUCCUACAUACUUCUCAUCGCGCUCCUCCUCUGCUUCCUGUCCUCAUUGCUAUUCCUUGCAAAACCAAGGACUUUGACCUGCCUCUUCCGACAAUCGGUUUUCGGCAUCGUCUUCUCAGUGGCUGUUUCCUGUGUGCUGGCCAAAACCAUCACUGUGGUUGUGGCUUUCAUGGCCACCAAACCAGGAGCCAACAUAAGAAAAUGGGUGGGGAAAAGACUGACUAACUCGGUUGUCCUCGCCUGCUCCCUCAUCCAAGCAGGCAUUUCGGUGGUGUGGCUAGCAACCUCCCCACCGUUCCCAGAUUUUGACACGAUGUCUCUGACUGAAGAAGUCAUUCUAGAAUGUAAUGAAGGGUCGGCCCUGAUGUUCUACAUUGUCCUGGGUUAUAUGGGACUUUUGUCCAUCAUCAGCUUGACUGUAGCUUUCCCAGCCAGGAAGUUGCCAGACAGUUUCAAUGAAGCCAAGUUCAUCACCUUCAGCAUGAUGAUCUUUUGCAGUGUGUGGUUGUCUUUUGUGCCAACCUACCUGAGCACCAGAGGCAAAUCCAUGGUGGCUGUGGAGAUCUUCUCUAUCUUGGUGUCCAGUGCUGGCUUACUAGGCUGUAUCUUUUCCCCUAAAUGCUAUAUUAUUGUGUUGAGACCUGAGCUGAACAGAAGAGAGCAAUUAAUAAGGUUAAACUAUAGCAAGUGUGGUGAUUCAUAA